AGUCAGUUAUGGGACCCACUUGGGAAAACUCUCCUAAUGGAAAGCCGCACCUCGAAUGGAAACAGUCAGGGGUUUAAUUCCACCACUGUUUUUCCAUGUUCAAUCAGUCAAGAAAGUGAAGCGAUGCGACGUCGUAACGUCCAGCGCCGCUUCAUUGACGUGUUCACCCGCAAAGAACUAAAAAACAUGCAACGUUUCGUCUUUUGGUUACCUCUUUAGGUGUCAUCGGUGAAGUCGAGGGAAGAACCAGUGAAGGACUUUAUUCAACUUAAUUGUGAUAUACCGGGUGUAAAUUAAGGAAUGAACGCAACAUGUACGAACCGGUAGUAACCAGAUGUAUCACUCCCACCAGCAACGUCCAGCGCGCCUGCAAUUAUUCCAACCUUAUCCAGAUCGGCAACUUCCAGCCCAUGGAUUUGGCCAACUGCAACGAAGGCACCGGAAACAACAAUAACAAGGAGGCGGUGCCUCCUUUGAAGCCCCCCAGACUGUUCCAGACCAGGCGCAGUCUCAGAAACUCCUUCUCAACAGAUACUCCAGGGAGAAUGAAAAACGGAACCGGAGACUUCUACGUAGAUAUGGAUCACAUCCAGGUGGGCUUUCGAGGCACUGCCAAAGGCGAACAAACCACUGCCGAGGCUGAAGUGCAAACUACUCACUUAGUGCCCUAUCGGUUAAGGUUUUGGCCUCGAACCGAUUGCAAAUUCAAACUGGGUCCUUCCGAGAGCAGUUGCAGCUUGAAAUGCAAAUGUUGCUGCCAACUCCUCAGCCAGUGGAUGCUGUCGCAAGUCGGCCUCACAAUCGUAGUGAUUAUAUGGGCCCUGCUUGGCGCCUACGCCUUCUAUGUAACUGAAGGGCCAAGAGAACAGAAACAGAGCGAAACUCUGGCUCAAAUCCAAAGAGACUUAUCAACCGCUCUGGCGGUCGAUUUGAACAAUUCGAAGCACUUGGACACAUGGCCGACAAUGAUCCACAAGUACUUCGAGAAGCACGAGACUCUCUUUUUGGAAGCGGUAGGCGCUGGGUUUGGUGAAGGUGGUGGAGGCAACAUCUGGACGUAUCCCGGCUGCAUCCUGUUCAGUGUGGCGCUACUGACUACAUUAGGUUUCGGCGCGCCAGUGCCACGCACUCCUCUGGGGCGGGGCGCCGCCGUUCUCUUUGCUCUAGUGGGGAUUCCAUUGCAUUUCCUUCUAGUGCUGAACGUCGGCAAUCUGACUGCCAUCAAAAUCCAGCAAUUUGCAUUUCGCUCUCGCCCCACCGACAUCCCGGGUGUCUCCGAGCCGCCCAGAUGGCUAAAAUGGUUUCCCUUCAUCGCCGCCCUUAUUUACUACUUUUGCGGCGUGAUAAUGUUCGGGUUUGUGCGCGGCAGGGGGCCCCUGCAUGCGUUCAUGUUUCCUUUGGAUUUUACAGCCAGUGGCGGGGUGGCUAGCGUGCCGGGGGUGGUUCGGAUUUGUUAUGCGCUCUACUUGGAGCUGGCGGUUACUUUGGCCACGUUGGCAGUCAGCCUCGUUCAGGUGUCCGCCAGCCACGGUAUCGUCGAGCUGGGACUGAAAUGGGGUUUGCUGACUAACACUUGAAACUUUCCUCCCAAGUGAUUGGUUUCAGCUUCACGCAACGAAAUUUAGCAUAGGGUACUACCAUCUCUGUGGUAUAUCGGUUUUGAGUUCAAAGAUUAAGCAAUGUUUACAUAUCCAGCGCUGGAAGCUGUUUUUUUUAUACAAAGCUUGUUGAGUUGAGCGCAAAAUUAUAGCUGGGCUAACUCAGUCUGCUCGCGUCUGAAGCCUUUUUCUCGCAAAAAGGUUGCGGCAUAUUUUCGCUUUUAAAUUACGUUCGCACUAAAUCUUUUAAACGGUUUUUCUCCUACCCACCAAAAUGUUACAGCAAAUUAUUAAUAAAAAAUUUUGCAGUCAGCGA